AACAGCUAUUACCCAUAAUGCACUUGGUCUAACAGGAAGUGUUUAAUUUCUGUUGGCGCGCCGGUAAAAAAAAAAAAAAAAAAGAAAAAGAAAAAAAAAAAGACAAACAAGUCUGCUUAAUUACACUAAACUGCGCUCUUUCAUGUGGAUUUAGCAAGUAGUCGCCUGUUUGUACACUUUGGUGUCACUUCUGUCGUGAGAGUGACGCUUACAAAUUUAGCAGUAACGUUAACUCCAGCUGUCAGAGAUUUGAAGAAAGGCUCGAGAGUGGAAAGCGGUUGAAGUUUGUUUACUGGAUGAUGGAGAGAUUGCCCUCAGAAGACUGGGUUCAAAAUCCUCAUCGGGUAUCCUCCUGUGGAAGACUAAUCUCGUUUCUCUGCAAACACGCUUCAGCCACAAAUGACAGCGAAAUAAGUGAGUUAAUAUUCUCCAUUCUGUCAUUUAAGAGGGAGGACAGCGCGUUCCUGAAGGCAGCAGAUGGAGAAGCUGUCAUCAGCAGGGCAAGAACGGCACAUGUGGAUAUUGUAAAAUGUAAAUGUGCUUUACAUGUUCAAAAGAGAGUCACCACCCCCUGCAUUCUGGUGACAAAGAGGAGUAAGAAAGCACAGGGCUUCAAGUAUAGUCUACUCACACUGAGCAGCUCAAACCAACUAGAGCCCUGCUUUGAAUUUAAGCUCCCUUAUCAGCUCACUGGUGAUGUGUCUAUUUUCAACGGACCUACAGUGUUAUGGACUCAUGCUGGUUAUGUAUAUUAUACAUCACUGCAGGCAGGAGAGGUUAAACAGAUCCCUAUGCAGUUGUCACACAGUAUUUCUGGAGAACUUCCACUUCACAGGGGGCAGAUAUUCAUUCUUGGUUUGCAAAAUCUCUCAGAAACAUCCACCAGUGACCAGUCCACAAGCCAAACCCUUGGUUAUUUAGUUCAGAAUGGACAGGUUUUUGAUGGUGCAGUGGUUUUACCUUAUCCUUACAUCACCAUCACCCACUGUAUCUUAGUGCUCUCAGCUGAAGAAGUGGACGGCGUGCUGAAAGCUGCUGUAGUUGCAGCAACAUCUAAGCAGCAGCUAAUUUACAUUGAGCAUGGCAUUGUGAAAGAUGUAUGUCACCUCCCUUUUGUGCAACCUGAAGAUAUCCAGGUGGUAGAUACAGGUAGAAGUGGCUGCCUGUUUGUCAUUUCCUUUCAUGAGGGGCAUGUUUGUGCUGUAUGGAAGGAAAAGUUCCAGGUAGCCUCCCACUGGUCAGGUGUCAGCUCUGUCCAUGUAGAUGAUUUCAUGGGAUAUGGAACAGACCAAAUGCUUUUGAUUUUUAAGGAUCCUGAUGUGGAAAGUUCAUCUUUGGGAAGUUUCCUCCUCACCGACCUCUGUGGUAUUUCAUACUCUAGUGGCAUGGGCAAUGGAGCACCAAAUACAUCACCUGUUCUACCUGACAACUAUUUCCUCACUAUUCAAGCCUUGGAGUCCAGACUCCAGAGUGGGUUGACUGUGCUUCAAGAGCUGCAAAGAGAACUGAGAGUAAAGGAAAGAGUUCUACAACAGUCAUUGCAAGCCCUCACUGAUGUGGUCUCAGAAAGAGAACCCAUUAUUACCCAGCAUGAGCAGGAAAGCCUUAUUGCUCUGUGGGACUGUGAUGAUGAGUCAAAGGAUGAGGUGAUGGAUGGCAAAAUGCAAGACAUGCCGGCAGUGUCCACAAAACCUCAAGUUGACAAGUUAUGGCAUCGCAUCACUGAGGACCGAAUGGUUAUCGGAGUGAUAGUAACCACUGACAGACCAGUGGCCGGUGUGAGCUUAUCCAUUCUGACAGAGGUGGGCCAGAGCUCAGUGCCCACAGUCAUCCAGACCCAGAGCCAAGUAUUCUGGCUUCCUAUGACCAGCCCCUCAUCCUCCUCCUCCUCCUCCUCCUUCCCUGCCUCCUCAUUCACAGAGCCUCCAGCCAAAAGAAGCAAGCAGCACAACGCCGGCAGAAACCAUGAUCUCAACACAUGCAGACUGGCUGUGACUGCUGUGACCAGGCUGACACCUCUGUUGAACUCUGGCUGUGUCAAGUGCCAUGUCAUGCUCCAUUACGUCCAGAGACAAGAUGCUUUUGCCCUCAUGAGCAGCCCAACACCGGCUGUCUUGCAUUGUGGUCAGGUUGCUCUAGAUAUACAAAGUGGAUUCCAAACCCAGCUGCUGAGCAAACCUGAACUCAAAUCGGAUGAGGUUAAAGAGGACUUGAUGAGUUUGUUGGUGAUGCUGGAACACUGGACUUUCCGCAUAGAUUCUCCUGAUCACAGCUUAGGUGACAUCGAUAGCUGGAUUCAGAAUAGAGUGGGCUGUAAGAGGGUAGAAGUGAGCCCCGAGUAUCUACUGUUAAAUUCUUCUGGACCAUCUGCUCUCAUGCUGCUCUGCUGGCAUCAGAUAAACCCUUUCCAAGGGGAACUAUCUGUCCACUCCAGUGAAUUACAGAUGCUACAGUUCCUGGACUCUCUGUUGGCCUACCUACCGAUUUCCUGCACGGUGCAGCCUGUCAAAGGUACAAGAGGACAGGAUGAAGUUCAAAUAUUUUCUUUGGCUCUGGAAAAAGAGGUGGUGUCACUCAGAGAGAGUGUGUCAUUGCUGCUAUGUAAAGAAGAAGAUAAUAGGAGAAAGAGCAACGACAAGACCUCUGAACCAGGUUCUGUGGAUAGCCUCCAGAGGUGUAGAGAGGAGUGGCACAGGGAUGUGGAGAGGAGUAAAACUGAGUUGAGCCCUCUGGUGGAUGUGCAGAGAUAUCGUAAGUUGAGUCAAAGCCUGUCCAAAGUCCAGCUGGAAGGAGAUUUGGCAGCUCUCUUGUACACACAGUAAACUUUGUUCAGCUAACAGGCUGCAGUUGUAUUUAUUUUAGAAAACUAAUAGAAGCAGCAUUUUCAUUACAGGAAACAAAAGCUGGUUCUUUAAUUGUUAGUUUGUCAUUCAUCAUGUAUGCCGCUUACAUUUCAGCUGUAGAGAAAGCCAUGCCCCCGCUGCUGAGUUGAUCUCUGAGUGUGUCUGCUCUCAGACAGCCUCUCGGGGUAUAGAGUACAGUGUCUGUGGCUGUGUGGUGCCUCUGCCGAUUUCCACCAGAUCGCCCUCUGGGUUUCACACCCUUAAUCUGAUACUGCUCUCUGCUCAGCUUAUUCUUCUGUUCGUGUCCCCUUAGUCAACCCAUGAUCAGAAACGCUCUUUAAUGUUUGCAGCUCCUGCUGAUUUGAGCUGUUCAUUAGGAGACAGGGACCGUUCUGAUCCGCAUUUAAGAAACCAUUUAUAGUAUGAAUAAAGACAUGAGGAUGGCAGGGCAAGGGACUACACAUCUGCACAGCGGGUGUAACUAAAGGCUUUUAGCACUGCUCUCCUCUCAUGGUUCAGCUGUUUUGCUGUGAAAGAUGUAAAGGGAAAAACCUUGGAUGUGUUUCCUCUCUAAAGCUGAACAGAACAGUUGAACAAAAUGCCACUCAUUCAAGUGAACAUCAAACUUUACUUAAAAGGACCAAAAAUCUUUGCCGGAUACAUGAGGUCUGUUGCGGCUUGACUAGUAGCGGCUGUUGCAAAGAGUUUUUGUCUCUCCCACUGGGGUUGAAAAAUGGAGUGUGCAUUUUGUUAGCCAGAGGUCUGGGAGCAACUCCAUCUGUUUGUGCUUGUCAUUCUGAGGAGAGAUAAACUCCCCCCUUUCACACCUUUAAUAUCCCUGCUUCAUUGCACAUAACAGCUUCCGGUGAGAUGCCCGUAAACAGUGCAGAAGCUUAAUUACUUCAGUGAUGACUGCUCCCCAACAUGCUACUAAAUAAUCCUGUGAGUUCAGAAUAUGUUGUAAAAUCACAAGAUUCUAUGUUGUCAUGUUCAAAAAUAAAGAUAUCUUCACAUAUUCCA